GGCGUGCGUUGCAUCGCUGAACUCCGCCGACGUUUCGCCCACGGACUGGGCCGUAGCCCAGCACGACGUGGCGGGUUUGUUCGGUGCUGUACCGCCCAACAUCACCAGCUACGAGGGGAUGAAGAAGGGCAUCAUGGGAGUGCAGCCGGGCGUGUUCAACAAGGCCCUGCAGGUGUUCCCGCAAGAGGGCUAUGCUGAACUGUACGGUGCAUUGUACGGCGGCUUGGCGAUGGGCCAACCUGCCAUACACCGCGCGUCGUACCCGGUGUUGGACAACGCCGCCCAAGCCAUCACCGGCGGCUGGCAGGUGGAGGUACUCUGGCUGAUCAACAUGCAGAGCCGCGAGUGGGAAGAUCAGCUCCCAAAUGACACGCGAACCUUCCUAAAUGACAGCCGCAACGACAAGGACAGCGACCUACGGCACUACCCCUAUAUCUCAACCUAUACUACGCGCUAUUCCACGGAGCUCGUCACCCUGCUGAGCCAGCAGGCCAGCUGGAGUGUGCUGCAAACGGCCCCAGAGCUGUCGGAGCUGCUGCAGGCGGCGCAGCGGGAGGCAACGGGAACCGCAACCGCAGGAGCAGCAGCAAGCAACAACAGCACAACGAACGUGCACAACACCUCAAGAAACGCAACCAGCGGUGGCGGCGGAGGCAACCAGACUGCCUAUAACGCAACCGGUAACGCUGGGAGUGGUAACGCAAGUGUGGGCAACGCAACCUAUUCGAACGGC